AUGUUUUUAUGGAAAGCCUUGCAUGGAGCUCUACCUGUUGGUCUCCAAUUGGAAGCAAGAGGAAUUCCGAUUGACCCUUCUUGUUGUCGAUGUAGUGAACCGGAAUCUGUCCUCCAUCUCCUCUUUCAUUGUGAAUUUGCUUGUCAGGUUUGGAGUUUAGCUCCUUUCUCAGCCGAUUUCAAUGCCCUGACUUGUGUAAACGUUCCUGACGGGCUAAUUACGGCGAAAUCGAUGGUAACACUACCUCCGGUGGGACUAGAGAGUGGAUUGCUCUUCUCUUGGAUCUGUUGGGCUAUUUGGAUCUCUAGAAACCAGAAGAUUUUCGAAAGUCAAAACUUUACGGCUAAAGAGACUGUCCUUAAAGCCGUUCAAGAUGCAAGAGAAUGGAGUGCAGCACAGGAACUUGGAUCAACAAGCUCUCUCCCCAAACCGAUUGGCCGGCCUCUCACUAACCAUCUCGGUAUGGAUUUUACCACUUGCUGCUCGGAUGCAGCGUGGAUAGCUGACCCUGAUUCAGCUGGAUUUGCAGGAAUCGGAUGGAUCUUCUAUUCCGGUGAAGAGGUUAUCUCUUCUUACUCCGCAUCUCUCCCUGUUGUCGCUUCGGCUCUAGUUGCUGAAGCCCUCUUGAUUAGACAAGCUCUCCUUAAGGCUCUAGAGCUAGGGUUCUUAUCUUUGAUGCUCAAGUCGGAUUCGCUUUCCCUGAUCAAGGCAAUUACCAAGAAAUCUCAAAUUCUGGAAGUCCACAGCAUCCUAGAAGACAUCGACUUAAUCACUUCUUCUUUUAAUUGUAUUCAGUUUAAGUUUAUCCCGCGUCUGGAUAACUCUGUAGCUGACUCUGUAGCCAAACACGCCCUUAGAAUUUUUAUGUUCUCAAGGGGGUAA